AGUCGCAGCAUGCUGUGUAGUCGAAGAGAGUUGUGCAUUCAAUUGCUUAUUGCUGCCUUAAUUAUCUCAAGAUAUUGUACGGGGAAAAUUGUCUUGGAUAUGGAACAGUCACGUCCGCUGGAUAUGGAAGACUAUUGUCGAACACUGGACAUAUUGCAGCCAGAAUACGAGCAAAGGAAUUGUGCUCAGAUCUUAGCGGAAGAGAAGGAGCUGACGAUGACCAGUGAACUGUUGAUGGACACCGAUCAGCGUUGCUGGUGGGGAUGGGAGCUCUUUGGACGACGUUGCCGCAAACGCGUUUAACUUAAAUCAUCGCUUAACUGUUGCAGCUCUUUGAGCCAUUGUACUUUUAGGAUUAAAUAAGAAUAUGUGGGAAAAUA